AUGCUGGCGGCCGUCGGCGCCAACGCCGGCGCCGGCGUGCGGUGGCUGGCGCAGUCCGAGCCCAGCGCGCAGGGCGUCCGGCAGCAGGCAAGAAUGCUGCGCGCGGCGACGCACGUGCCAGGGCUGCUGGAGGCGCGCGCCCCGCCGCCGGCCGAGGAGAUGGUCGCGCACUUCGAGCGCAUGCACGCGGCGCUGGACAUUCCACGCGACCUGCUGCUGGGCCUGUUCGGCGACGCGGUGUCGCAGCCGGAGCCGGCGCGCACCGGGUCGCUGGUGGCCGUGGCCGGGCGCCGCGCGCUGUUUGCCGGAGGCCCGGCCGGCACGCAGCUGUGGGCGCAGCAGCUUGCGGCGGCCGACGCGGCGUGCGUGCUGGAGUUUGCGGCGCCGCUGCGCCAGCCCGUGGGCCGCGGCCGAGGCGGCGCUGGCGUCGUCGACCGGCGCCGUGCGGCUGUGGGACGCGGCGGCCGCGCGGCAGACGGAGCUCACGGCCGGCGGCGGCGGGGCCGGGUGGGCGGCCUGCGAGUUCUGGGGCGCGCCGCGCGUGCUGCUGACGGCCACGGGCGCGGCUCUGGGCUGCGUCGACGCGCGUGCGCGGCGCACGGCGCUGGUGCUGCUGGACGUGGCCGCGUCGCCGCACACAAGCGCAGGCGAGGUGCUGACGGCCGCGGCGCCGUCGGCGCUGCACGCGAUGCACGCGGUGGUCGCGUCGACACACGCGCUGCGGCUGUACGACCGCCGCUACGCGCGCCAGCCGCUGCUCGCGUGGGUCGUCGACGCGCAGGCCGCGCCGGCCUUUGUGGCCACCGCCGCCGUGGCCGGCCGCGGCGUCAUCGUCGUGGCGACGCGUGCCGCGAACGUCAGCGUCUUCGACUAUGCGCAGCCGGCACCCGACGCGCCGCUGGCAGCCGGCGCGCAGACGGCGCUGCGCCUGCCGCCGCAGUCGGCACGCGCCAUGCAGGACGCGUGCGCCAUCGACCCUUCGGCCCGGCCGCGCCGCGCGUGCCGCUGGCGGGCAUUGCGCUGAGCGCGGCUGGCGAUGGCCCAGCGCUGUGCCUGGCGCUGGACGCGCUGGGCGGGCUGGCCGAGAUGCGGCUGGGCGGGGAUGCCCCGUCUGCGGCGCGGCCGGGCCCCGGUGCUUUGCCGGUGGUUCCAGCCAGCGCCGAGUCGCUGCGCACGCACUGCCGUCGCCGCGAGGAGGCGUGGGAGCGGCUGCGCACGUCUGGCGCGCCGUUCGAGCGGCUGGAUCUGCGGCCGGCAUACAACGAGCUGCACAGGGCCGCGGCCAGCGCCCCUGCUUCCGCCUCCGCUCCGUUUGCUGAGGGCGCUGCGCCGGAGGACCAGUGCGGCAAGCUGGCCGAGAGCCUGGCCGCGAUCUUUGCCGAGCAGACCACCGGCAACGCACCCGACCACACGCGGCUGCUGGACCGCAUGUGGGCCGACGAGGCCGUUGCGCCCGCCGCCGAGUCAGCGCAGCCGCGCCCCAAGCGAAAGGCGCGCGCUUCGGCCGCCGCAGUGAGGCACGUGCAGACACAGCCGCAGCCGCUGGCCUCGUUCUCCCAGCCGCAGCCGCUGGUCUCGUUUUCCCAGCCGCCAUCGGGAUCGUCCCGUCCCACGCGCGGUGCCCAGCGCACGCGCCAGCCCACACUGCCCGCGUCGGCCUCCCAGCCUCAGCCUCAGCCACAUGCCAAAAAGAAAAAGCAGCGCAGAUCGGGCUUUUAA